AUGAAGCAUGUCCCUCGUAGAGGUAGGCGAGGCGGAGGGGUAGCCAUCAUUCACAAAGCUUCCAUACACAUCAACAUUAUUGCAUCAAGCAAAGACCAUGAUUUUUCUCAGUUUGAGUUCAUGGAUUGCAAUGUGGUUAUAGGCAAACAUUCAAUACGGCUUGCUGUUAUUUACAGACCACCCCCAUCAAGAGAAAAUGGCCUGAACGCAAACACGUUUUUAGAGCAAGAAUGGCCCCUUUUCUUAUCGAAACAUGCUACAGAAGGCAACUCUUCAGUAAUUGUAGGAGACCUCAACUUUCAUCUCGACCAACCUACAAAUAGUGACACCAAAAAGUUUAAUAGCAAUUUAGAUGCUUUUGGCAUGCAUCAACAUGUUGCAGAACCAACCCAUGUUGCUGGACAUACACUGGAUGUAGUGAUAACCAGAGAUAAUAACAAUGUCAUUUCAAAUGUUGAAGUCAUAGAUCCUGGUCUGUCAGAUUCCAACGGAAGGAUCUCACGUGACCACUUCGCAGUUACAUUUCAUGUGGAAGCUUCCAAGCCACCCCCAAUUCGUAAAGCUGUGACUUACCGAAAGUUGCGUUCGAUUGACAUUAAUUCAUUUAGAGACGAUAUUAGGAAAACAGAUCUUUUUAACGCUCGAGGAAUAUCUUCAAAUAUUGAUAACUUCAUUGAAGAAUACUCAAAUGAACUGACGUUAAUUUUGGACAAGCACGCUCCAUUGACAACCAAAACUAUCACGUUAAGACCUUCAUGUCCAUGGUAUUCUGAGCAGCUUCAUGAUGCAAAACAUCAGAAACGCAAAUUAGAACGAAAAUGGCGUGAGAGUAAACUUUCAGUUGAUCAUGACAUUUAUAGAUCACAAUGCGCUGUGGUAAAUAGGAUGCUGAAACAAGCCCGUGUUGACUUUUACACAAGCAAAAUUGAAUCUUAUGGGAGUGACCAGAAAAGUCUGCAUAGAAUAACUAAAACUCUUCUUGGAAACACAAAUGAGGUAAUUUUACCAUUGCAUUCGUCUCCAAAACAGCUCGCUCAGAAUUUCAGCGACUUCUUUAUUGGGAAGAUCGAAAAUAUCAGAGACAAUAUUACCUCACAAAAGCAGUCUUCAUCUGGUGUUGGUGAUACAGAAGCUGAUUAUAUAGGAGUUAAAUAUGAUAAGUUUACACCAACAUCGGAGGAUGAAGUGAAAUCGAUAAUCCGUAAGUCAGCCAGUAAAUCAUGUGAAUUGGAUCCUAUCCCAACAUGGUUACUUAAAGAAUGUCUUGAUGAGCUUACACCUGUGAUGACCAAAGUCAUAAAUGCAUCCCUACAAUCUGGAUAUGUGCCACGAUCAUUCAAACACUCACGAAUAAGACCACUUCUAAAAAGCCAAGUCUAG